AUUCUUCAAGCGGGUAGAAGAAGAGAUUGAUCCUCCAAUUCGCGUCCCUAGCGAAGAAUCGCAAUGACUGAUCUAACCUAACCCUAGAAUCACUUUAGGGUUAUAAUUAGUAUAUUAGGUCUGCUUCUAGGGUUCAUAACUCAAUUUCGCUGCAUUUCCUCAGCCGCUAGGCCUAGGUUUCUCUAUCUCAAGCCGACUUUCACAAAUCCAAGAUAAGCAUAACAAUUCAUCUAUCGGUAAGGUUAAUUGAGAUUUAGACUUCUACAUUGUGUGUAAUUGUUCGUUCACAAGGGUUUAGUUUACUUCUCUCUUGCAUUCUCGUUUUACCAUUUGAAUUGAUCAGAAAGAGUAUGGCUUACCGAUCAUUUCCUCCGCCUCCACAAUCGAAUUCCGUUCCUCCCCCUGGUUCUAAUCAGAACAAUCUUCCACCAGCUGUAUCACAGUUUGGAGGAAAUCAGUACCCACAACAGAAUUGGGGUUAUGGUGGUGAGGCUUCAUAUCCAGGCCCUGGUUAUCAACAUGGAAGUUAUGGUCAUGGAAAUCAUCCACAGUAUCCUUAUCCCAUGGCACCUCCGCCACCCCCACCCCCACCUGAUUCUUCUCCAUUCAUACCUCCCCCACCCCCACCGCCUGAUUCUUCAUCAUUCCUACCUCCCCCUCCACCUCUUCCUCCAGUUCCUCAGAACUCAGUGUACUAUCAAUCAUCCCAGUAUUCCCAAUUCAUUAAUCAAACACCACCACCACCGCCGCCUCCUUUAUCUUCUCCCCCAGGUGAUUCAAUCCCUCCUCCUCCAACAGAAGCCCUACCUCUGCCACCACCACCACCACCACCACCUUCGUCAUUACCCAGUAAUAGAACUAAAGUAGAUGAAAGAAAGGGUGUAUACAGGGAUAGAACAGCAUCAAAACACCAUGAACCCUUCACAGGUCAUGUCAGUAGAGGUACUGCAGAUAAAACACACAAGCCUUAUCUUCCUCCUAUGUCGGGCAAGAAACCAAAUGGGCCUCCAGGGAGGGUGGAGACUGAAGAAGAAAGAAGGGUGAGGAAAAAGAGAGAGAUGGAGAAACAAAAGCAAGAAGCUAAGCAUAGGCAUCACUUGAAGGAAUCACAAAAUGCAGUGCUGCAGAAGACCCAAAUGUUAACUUCUAGUAUGAGAGGUCAAGGUUCAGUUACUGGGUUAAGUAUGGCUGACAAGACGAGUUCAGCACUUUUGGGUGGUGAAAGGACUGAGAACCGGCUAAAAAAACCAACAACAUUUAUUUGCAGAUUGAAAUUCCGCAAUGAAUUACCUGAGCCAUCUGCACAACUAAAACGGAUGUCUGUGAGAAGGGAUAAAGACAGAUUUACGAAAUACUCAAUUACAUCACUGGAGAAAAUGCACAAGCCUCAACUCUAUGCUGAGACAGAUCUGGGGAUACCUCUUGAUCUUCUUGAUCUUAGCGUAUUCAAUCCUCCCAAGGGUGAAAAAUUACCACUAGAUCCUGAAGAUGCGGAGCUAUUACUCGAUGAUGAUCCAAUAACUCCUUUCAAACGAGAUGGUAUUCGCAAGAAAGAUAGGCCUACGGAUAAAGGUCUUUCAUGGCUUGUCAAAACACAGUACAUCUCCCCUCUUAAUACUGAAUCAACAAAACAGCCUCUGACUGAGAAACAAGCAAAAGAGUUACGCGAAGCGCGAGGAAAAAGUAUUCUGGAGAACUUAAAUAACAGGGACAGAAAAAUCCAGGAAAUUGAGGAUUCAUUUGUUGCAUGCAAGUCUAUGCCUGUUCAUGCAACCAACAAGAAUCUUACACCUGUUGAAAUACUGCCUUUACUGCCUGAAUUUGAUAGAUACGAAGAUCAGUUUGUUAUGGUAACAUUUGACGGUGCUCCAACUGCUGAUUCAGAUAGUUACAAAAAAUUGAACAAAUCUACUUGUGAAGAGCUUGAAUCUCGGGCUGUGAUGAAAAGUUAUGUAACAAAGGGGUCGGGAUCGGACAAGCCUGAAAGAUUUUUAGCUUUUAUGGCACCAUUAAAGGAAGAGCUAACUAAAGACAUGUAUGAUGAAGAUGAGGAUAUUUCGUAUUCAUGGAUUCGUGAGUACCAGUGGGAUGUACGAGGAGAAGAUGUAGAUGACCCUACAACAUACUUAGUAGCGUUUGGUGAUUCAGAUGCUCGUUAUAUGCCCCUGCCAACAAAGCUGAUCUUACGGAAGAAGAGGUCCAAGGAAGGGAAGUCAUCUGAGCAAGUGGAACAUUUCUUACCACCUUCGAAAGUGACUGUAAGGAAAAGGCGAGUUGCUGCUGUCAUAGAAUCAAGGGAAGCAGAGGAGGAUUAUGGAAGUGGAAAAGUCUUCUCAGAGAAGAGGAGGAGGGCAGCCACCAUACCAAGGCGGCUGAAGAAGGCUGACAAAGACGAAGACUUAGAUGGCAGAGGCAGCUACGGCUCUAGUGAUGGAGCUGAAGGAUAUAUGUCUGACUGA